GUCAGUUCGGAUUGCGCGGGGCAGAAUCGGCGACAAUUAGUGGUCCAAGCUCCUGCACGGACACUAGAGGGUGGAGUAAGCCGGUACCUGGUGCCGUGGCCUCGAUAGCGUCGUCUGUGGAAUAAUCCCUGCAACAUGAGCUGCAACGUACUUGGUGGUUUCCGAUCCUCGGAUUGCGAGUGGGAACCCCAGGUCUGCCUCCUCACACAAUGCCCGGCCUUUCCUCCUCACGAUGGGCACCCAAGCUCGGGACAAGUACCUACUAUAGCUCCAUCUCCGACCGCCCGCCGCGUCUCAGCACCACCAGCUCAACAGCAGCUCCAGCUUCAACGACGAACCCCCAAUCCGCCAGCAACAGCAACAAUGCGACACAGGCGGGCACCCCCAACUCGCGGUCCUCGCUUGACGAGCUCGCCCGCUACACCAAGAUCGUCCGCCGGCUGAAGUGGAAGCUGCCCCACCUGGCAUCGGGCUACCAAAAGUCCGUCAACAGGGUGGGCUGCGACCCCGCCGAGGUGGCCGAGGCCGAGCUGAUGUUCAAACUCGACUUCUUCGAGUACUACAUGCUCCUGGAGCGGGCGCUGGUCCACCUGCUCGGCGUCUUCGCCAUCAACGUCUCCCCGUCCCCGCGGCUGGCAAACUCGAGGUGGAACGACGGGAACGGACCGGCCAACAACAAUCCAGACCAACAACAACAACAACAACAACAACCGGGCGGAAACAUUGGCCCCGCCACCAGGCCGCAGAGGUACCAGCACCGCUACCACGCCAAGGUCCUCGAGGCCCUCGAAGACCCGGCCAACCCGCUGCGCUCGGCCCUGGGCACCGGCGAGGCGCGGCGGCAGCUCGGGCGAGCCAAGGACCUGAGGAACAGGUGGAAGGACGCCGACGGGGGCGACGGCAAUGGUGCCGCCGGGGGAAACGGCAAGAUGCCCGCCCCGCUGGAGAGCUACGACAUUGAGCGGAUCCUGACGGCCAUCUUCGACGGCUUCGACCAGGCGUUCGUCAUUGCCGAGCGGUUCGUGCGGGGAGGCGGUGGCGGCGGCGGCGUCGUCGUCGAUGGGGAUAUGGACAUGUAUGAUGGCGACUGGACCGUCACGGAAGAGGAGCAGUGGGAGUUCAUGGUCGAGGCUAUGGACUGGGAGGCGGUCUGAUGGCGCCUGCUCGAGUCCCUGGAAACACCAGAUCAUAUCGAUCCUCGCGUUUGUGCGAGUUGUGUGUGUGUGUGUGUGAGGAUUAUUUUCAAUGCCGUUCAUCGCGUUGCGAAAGUCGGCAUUGGAUACUGUUUUAAACUACCGUGUUGGGCAGGCAAAGUAAGGCAGGCCUGCGGCGGAUUGCCAAUGGUGGCCGUGAGCAAAGGUGUGCUCUCACCGCGAUGAGGGUGAGAUAUACCGAGUUGGUUGACUACCCCCUCGGCAACUGUAUCGAUUAGACCGUCAACAUCGCCUACGUUAUACCCUAGAAUUGACUUAUGCUUGCAACUAG